AUGGACUCCAUCGCUGACCAGAUUCGGGGCCUCGCCGCCCAGGCCAAUGCCGCGGAACAACUUAAGAUCCUCAACACUCUGAAUGAGCUUCAGGUCGAAUUGCAAGACCCGAUAGAGCAAGUUUUUGGAAUAUACUGCUCCGUUGUUCAGGUCACAUCGAUCAAGAUCGCCGUCGACCUCGGCCUUUUCCGCAAAUUGGCUACACUCGAAAAGGGAUCGUCAAAGACGGUGGUUCAGCUGUCACAGGACACCGGUGCGGACCCGGAACUUCUUGCCCGCAUUCUACGAUUCCUUGCUUCCGUCCGGUAUGUCCAGGAAGUAGGAAUUGAUACUUACACCGCAGGAAAAUUUACUCAUAUUCUUGCCCAUCAUGAAGUUGAAGCGGCGGUAGUCCAUGUGGCCUGCUUGAUCAACCCUAUUCUGAAUUCAACACCGGAUUUCCUUGCGGAGACUGGCUACAAAAACAUCACUGACACGGCCAAGACUCCAUUUCAGAAAGCAUUCAACACCGAACUGAAGCCCUUUGAGUGGCUUCCACAGCACCCGAAGCUCUUCGCUUCAAUGCAGGUAGUCAUGACAUCUCUCCAGUCAAGCAACUGGGCCGAAGGGUUUGAUCUAUUUGAGAAACAAGUCCAAUCACUAUCCGCCAUUACUGUACCACCUUCUGAGCCACCGUUUUUCGUCGACGUGGGUGGUGGGUAUGGACAUCAAUGCCUCCAGCUGCUUAAGAAAUACCCUGGUCUCCAUGGCAGGCUCACAUUGGAAGACCUAUCGGAAGCUAUCGAGAAGGCUGAACACGUGGAUGGGAUUGAAUACAUCACGCAAGACUUUUUCGAACCGCAAACAGUUCAAGGAGCUAAAUUCUACUACUUGCGCCGCAUUUUGCACGACUGGCCCGAUAAUGAUUGUGUCAAGAUUCUUAUGCGGCUUGCGGAUGCCCUUGGCCAUGACUCGAGGAUAUUGCUCGAUGAGGUUGUUUUACCCGAUACUGGAGCUUAUUGGCAAUCAACACUGGCAGACUUGACAAUGAUGGUUGCUUUUGCAGGAGCCGAACGAACCAGCCGCAAGUGGCAUGAAAUUGUUGAUCGGGCUGGAUUGAAGAUUGCACAGGUGCAUGUGUUUGAUGCGCGACAGGGAUACGCCAUCACUGUACUCGAAAAGGCUUGA